AUGAUCCGCCUCCCGCCCAGCAGCAUAUCGCUUUCUGCCGUUGAUAUUGAUUUCGGCCUCCGGCAGGCUGAUAUUUAUUAUGGCUUACUAAGGCAGGGUUUCAAGAAACAUGAUAUCGCUCGUUAUCUCAACGACCAUCGUCAAGCUCAAGCAGAAGCACAUGGUCUGCCUGGCACAGAGUUCAAUAUAUCGGCCCCAAGUACAUUUGAGCUCACCUCUCGUCAAGUCAGUCCACGUCCACAGGAUGAGGGGGAUCAAGAGAAGGAUGUUCCGCAGGUUGUGUCCAGCAACAGGACCGCUUCAUCCGAUUGUGGCUCGGGGUCGUCCUCAUACGCUCAAGAUGUUGCAUACCAAGAAUGCAAAGCGGCUGGAAACCAUGAAGACAGCAGAUCGCCUUCCCCAAAAACCACUGUUCCAACGAUGCGAGUCAAUAGGCAUGCACCUCGCAAAAGCUCACUCCUUCGCUUCUUCAGAGCUGCUUCGCCUGAGAAGCAAAGCCCUGAGGGUAACUCAGAAAGCGUCGUCGACUCGCCAAAGCACACCGCCGCGAGGAACAGCAGCAGGCGGAGUUUGACGCAUUUUUGGCGAACUCCUGAGCCCGAAGAAGCUGACAGUGACAUACCAGAGAAGAAUUCGCUCGCCGAUAAAUUGAUGCGAUUGUCUCUUGAAAGCACCGGCCGGAAGAGUGACUCUACCAUCGACUUACCUCCCAUUGCCAACACUUACACCCUCCCUGACAGCCCUGGUCUAGGUACAAGUGAAGCAUUUGGCGGUUCGGAAAAUAUCUCCGAUAUAAGAUCUCCUUCGAAACAAGAUCAAGGACUCAGAAGCAGUCGUCUCCCAGGUGUAACCGGAUCGUCAACCUACCUGCCGAGUUCACCACCUCCUGUCCCAGAUGCAUCACCAGUCGAGUCUUCAUCUUUCAGCCACGCAUUGUCAGCAUCCCCAGAGUUUCCUGUUACUCCAACCCCGAUCAGAAACGCAGCCUCAUACCCUCGUACCGAGCCUCACCGGGUCAGGCACCAAUAUCUUGACGGCAGUGGAUUUUCGGUAUACAACGAUUCUCUUCCAGCUGUUUCCCAGCCACAAACCCCUGCAGAUCUCGCACGAGGCCCAUUCCUCACCGAACAAGAUGCAGCUUAUACUGCUCCUCCCGGCAUGCUUCUUGUUGGUUCUGGUAGUGUAUCUGCUGGCGACACUGGCAGGUGGGAUCGUGGAGUGAGCGAGCAAAGUCCGACAGCCCGCGCCAUCAGCCUGCGAGAACGUCGAAAUCGAGAGCUCUUGCGAGGUGUCAGAGCCGAGGGCGUCCGAUUGCAAAGGCUGCGGAUGAGGGACGAAGCUAUGUUCACUCGGAGAGCAGACGCGGCCAAUCCUCCUGAGGGUGACGGUACUGAUGAGAGGUUUCGGGCCGCGGCGGAAACAUUCCAAGAUGCAUGGAGAGAUGACCUUGAUGCCGACCGUGUCGGGGAAGAAAACUUCGAGUCAGAGGCCAGCGAGAGCCAUAAUGGAGGCAUGAGGGUUGUCAGUGGUAACGCAAGAUUCAUUGACGCCUGGGAAGGGGGUCUCGGAUAG